AUGCGAUCCCCACCCAUCCUUCUCCCGCCACUUGCACUUGCACCUCCUUCCUGCAGAGACCUCUCUCACAACUACCUCACAGGCCGCGCACUGAAGCCCCUUGCUGCGCGAACCCUGGAUCUCUCCAGCAACUUCCUCUCGGGCCCUCUGCCCGACGGGGCAUGCCAGCCUCGCUCUUUUGAUGCCAACUGCUUCACGUUGCCGCUUGGCUGUGCCUUGGUGCCCCAGCGACAGGAGGCAGCGUGCAAUGCAUUCUGUGGCGUCUCCUCUGCUGCUGGUGCUACUGCUGCUGCUGCGUGUGGAGGACAUGGGGUGUGCUAUCCAGAGGGGGCUAGCUUGGCACCCACAUGUCUGUGUGAUGCGGGAUUCGUGCAAUGUGGAGGGAUCACCUGUGUUGCUCAAGGCCAUAACAAAAACUACUCAAGCAGUCAGGCGGUUCUCCCACCAGCAUCUAUACUCACCUGGGGGGGGCAGCGCGAGACGAAGGGGAGCUUCACCGCAGAGCCGGUGAAGUUGUUUGUGUACGAGGCGAACCAGGGACUGUCGCGGUGUGGGCUGCAGCUCGCCUUUCACGCCAACUUCACCUUCUCCCUCUCGCCUCGAUCUGGCCGCGUGGGCUUCAACGGCUUAGCGUUUGUCAUCUCGGCAACGGACCAGGUGGGGAGUGGCGCUGGAGUGGGGUAUGGUGGAAUGGACACACGGAGCAUGGCGGUGGAGUUUGACACUCUGCGGAACAAGGAGCAUGGCGACAUGAGCAGCCAGCAUGUGGGGCUGAACGUUCGAGGCGAGGACAAAUCGCUAGUCGCUGUGAGGUCACCCUUCCGUCUGAGCAACAGGAAGGCGUUCACGGCGUGGGUGGACUAUGAGCCAGGAGACCCCGGUACCAUCCAGGUCUUCCUGGCUGACUCGCAGGAGAAGCCGCAGCAGGCGGUGCUGGAGUGGAGGCUGGCGCUGUGUGAGGUGCUGCAGGGUGCAGUUGAUCAGCCCGCCUUCUUCUUUGGCUUCGUGGCGUCCACCACUGUGAAGCCGUUUCAGCGGCACGUCAUUCUUAAAUCGACAGUGGAUACAGGCCUUCCUGCUUCUCCCCGAACAGUCACACGUAAUCCAGCCUAUGGCCUGCAGCUAUCAACGAACACGUACAUGCCAGCACGGGCCAGCCCCUUCCCGCGCUACGUGAGUGCGGACUACCGUGUUGCGCCCAGCAAGCAGGACUCGUGGUUCAUCAGCGACUUCCACUCCUGGGACUCCGUGCCCUUCCUCGGCUGGCCUGUCAAGGACCAAAAAGACUGCAGUGCUUGUUGGGCGUUUGCGCUGGUGGCGAGUGUGGAAGCGGCAUACGGCAUUGCCUUGAAUGCAGAGGCGCCGCAGCUGUCAGUGGAGUCACUCUUUGCAGCCAUGGGGCUCACCUCCGAAGCUGACAAGUGCAGCACGGGGGGCUCCCCCACCGAGGCGUUGGAAAGGCUUCUCAUGCUGCCUCGCGGUGGAGUCACAGAGAAAAAGGAGUACCCUAUUCAUGGCUUUGAGCGCACAAGGUUCAAGGGGUUUGUGGGGCUCAUGCUGGCAGUGCGUCGACAGCCAGUGGUGGUUCACAUCGAGGCUUCUGCUCUGAGUUUUGCACAAUUUGACGGGACCUUCAAGUACAAGAAUCCUGGCUGCUAUACCGGCAGACUGGACCACGUUGUACUCGUUAUCGGAUACUUCAUCUUGAGAAAUGACGGCAGCCAAAAUCGCAUAGCGCCUCCAUUUUGGAUCAUCCGCAACUCGUGGGGAGUGGAGUGGGGUGACCGGGGCCACAUGCGCAUGGACAUUCAGGGAGGGGAUGGCGUGUGUGGCAUCAACGUGCUGCCUGGCAUCUACCCCAUUGUCAAGAUGGAUGUGUGUGGGUCUGACUUGAAGAACCCAUGCUACGUCGGCGCGUGCAUCAACGACGGCAAGGGCUCCUACUCCUGCAUCUGCCCCCCCAACUACGUUGAAAGCACAACCAUUGACAGCUUCCCCACCUGCGACCCAGGUGCUGCUGGCUUGGCAUCGUUUGGCGACACAUGCUGGUCCAUCAGUGCACAGCUGUUCCUCACCACCAGCAACCUCACGGCACUCAAUCCCGGCCUUGACUGCUCUGAGCCCAUCAAGGCGGGCCGCUCUCUGUGCGUCGAGCGGAACGCCACCUUCGCCUUCACUGUGCCUCGGUGCCUACGUUACGGCGUGCUUACAGCACAGGACACGUGUGAACGCCUGCUGCUGGAGGCGGGGAGUGAGGACGACCCAACAGGGGCUGGGAACGUGAACGCUGUGCGCUGGGCUGAGCUGUACCGCAACAAUCCCGGCCUCAUCUGCUCGAAUGUCAUCCCGGUCUCCGCCUCUGCUGUUGGCAGCAACACUGGCGUACAGGCAGGUAUGGAACGGGGACUACGUUUGGAUUUCGACUUCUCUGAUUAG